AUGCCUUCCUAUGCUAAAUUCAUGAAGGAGCUAUUAUCUAAGAAAAAAAAGCUUAAGAAUGAUAAAACGGUCCCUUUGAUUGAAGAAUGCAGUGCUAUUUUACAAAGGAAACUCCCUCAAAAAUUAAAAGAUCUUGGUUCUUUUAACAUUUCAUGUACUAUUGGAAAUUGCACUGUGGGGAAAGCUUUAUGUGAUCUUGGGGCCUGCAUCAAUCUCAUGUCUCUUGCUAUGAUGAAGAGACUUGGAAUAGAAGAAGUCAAGCCUAUUAGCAUAACCUUACAACUUGCGGACAGAUCUUACACAUAUCCCUAUGGUGUUGUUGAGAAUUUGCUAGUUAAGAUUGACAAAUUUAUUUUUCCUGCAAAUUUUGUAAUUUUGGACAUAGAAGUGGAUGCCAACAUUCCUUUAAUUUUGGGUAGACCAUUCUUAGCUACAGGGAGAGCUUUAAUUGAUGUUCAAAAGGGAGAACUUAUGUUGAAAGUGCAGGAUGAAAAGGUUAUUUUUAAUGUAUUUGAGGCACUCAAACAUCCCAAUGAUGAUGUUACUUGUAUGAGGGUUUCUGUGGUGGCAACCAUGUGA